UUUUCGUGGGGCCACUAAAAAAAUUUAAAUUAUUGAAUAGCUCGGAUCAUCCGUACGGGACUUAGGGUGGGCCUUGCGUGACGUUCGGUGCAUCUUUGAUAGGUACCUUUAGCAUUUUCGAUAUUAGAGUAGUGUGUAGGAACUAGUGAUGGAUAAUGGAUGGCAGAUAAAAUCUCAAUAGAGUUAGGAUAAAAUUUUGAAUAGGAACUAGUGGUGGAUAAUGGAUGGCAGAUAAAAUCUCAAUAGAGUUAGGAUAAAAUUUUGAAUUUAUUAGAUCAAAAAUGCUAGAGGCACAUCAGUUGUGUCACACCUCAAUCACACUCCUCUCACAUACAGGUGGGUCCCACUGAAACAAGCCCCACGUGUAUGUAAGAGGGGUGUGACUGAAGUGUGGCAUUAUCUGUCAUCGAUAUAAAAUUUUGAAUUUCGAUAUAAAAUUUUGAAUUUUAAAUUUUCGGUGUUUAGUAGUAAAACAGAAAACAUAAGUGAACGAGAAACAUUUUCUUAUUUAGUCAACUAAAAAUACUAACGAAAAACCAAUCAUUUCAGCUGAAAAAUGUCCCUUUAAAAAAAUGUGGAAAAUGAUUUCUGAAAAAAUGCUCCGGAAAACACUUUCUGAGAGACGACUUGAUGCUCGCGACACUCCGACCCAAGACCUCAGAAACCUUCGACCAAAUCGAACUCAGCACAAGCACACGGGGCGAAUCUCAACAUCGUUCGAACCCAAACUACAUCGGAAAGGCACGAGCCUGAAAUCCUAGUCAAUCGACUACGGCAGCACCCCAUUUGUCAUCAGAUACUAAAAAAAUCUGAACUCUCAGCUGACUCUAAUGACCGAAGGAAACUCUUUCGCGUUAUUGAAUCAGUUGGAGGAUAUUUUGGAUUCUGAUCCUCUUAUUGAUGAAGUGGGGUUUAUUCAUCCAUCCCAGUUUGUCACGCUCAAUAGAGAGGCUGGUGGCUCUCUUGCCUCUUCUGUGCGAACUACUCCUCAGUCUGAAGAUGGAGUCCUACGGCCAAGAGUCCCAGAAGUUAAUUCUUCAGAAACAGUUUUCUGGUGUCGAGAUCAUAAGUUGGGCAUUUCAACGCAGGUUCUUCUUCCACUAUAUAAUGCUGCAAAGCAUGCAUUUAUGGCCUCACUUGAAAGAUACAAGAGUCAUAGCAGUGUUUCUGCAAAGAAAGAUGAAUCUGGAGGCAAGGAUAUGUCAAGCUGCUUUUCACCUUCCCUAAACAUCCUGGAAAGUGAACUCAUGAAGCAUAGCAGGGCUCUUUUGUUGCUAAGCUGUGAUUUUGUCACUGCAUGGAAUUCCAGGAAACUAGUUUUGUCAAAGAAGAAUAAUGUUCAGAUAUUUUUUGGGGAACUGUUCUUGUCAGCAUUGGUUCUUUCAUAUGCACCAAAAAGUGAAUCUUCUUGGAGCCACAGGCGGUGGGUAAUCAAAAUGCUGGCUGGAAAGUGUUCAAAUCUGCAGGAGAUUAUGGAAAAAGAAACUGAGUUAGUGACGAGAAUAGUUGAGAAACAAAAAAUGAAUUAUCGCGCAUGGAACCAUUGCUGCUGGUUAGUUUCCUACAUGUCGGAAGGACAGGUCUUGGAAGAGUUGAACAGGUCAAGAGAUUGGGCUAGAUUGCACAUCGCUGAUAACUCCUGCUUUCACUACCGUGCACGUUUAAUGCUCAAGAUGUUAGAAGAGUCGCGGGAUAAAGAAAGUCUAACUGGAUCCUCUGGUCAUAGUGCAGAACUUCGUCGAAUGUGGAAGGAGGAGCUUGACUGGACUGAACUUUUGAUAAAGCGUCAUAUUGGGCGAGAGGCACUAUGGCUGCAUCGCCGGUUCCUCUCUCUUUGUUGGAUGAAGUACUUUGCAACUGAUAUUCAUGAUGUGUCCUGCCGUUCUUAUCACAAAGAUAGCACGAGUCAUGAGAUUAGCGUCUUUAUGAACAAUGAGUUGGGACUCGUCCGCUCCUGCUCUACUAUUCGAGAUAAUGACUUUGAAGAUUUCCAAGCACACGCCACAUUUUCUUCAACGUACAUCUUGUGGUUGAUAAAGCAUCUCUCCGAGUCUCUGGAAAUUGAACUUCAAGAGAAGUUACCUUUAGGCGAGCUGAAGACAAUUAUGAAUGACAUAUGCCCAGAAAAGCUAUUUCUUUGGCAUUCUUUACAGGGUACAUGUGAAAGCACAUAAUUUCAUAACCUGAUAAGAAAUCCAUGCGGGGAGUUAGACUUCUUCAGAAGUAUGAGAAUCAGGUGCUGUUUCUUGUUCAAAAAAGUGCAGAUGUAGCGUAACGUGCCAUUGGCUGUUGGUGGCUUUCCAUCGUGUAUAAUGUUGUAUUUAUAACAAUUUAUCAAUCUAUUACACAGCUCUCUGUGUCUUUUACUUA